AUGUCAGGCCUAAAAGUCCUAGUUUCAGGCGCUUCUAUAGCGGGCCCAGCGACAGCCUACUGGCUCGCUAAAUCAGGCGCCCAAGUCACUGUAGUAGAGCGCUUCGCAGCCCUACGGACAGGCGGCCAAGCUGUCGACAUUCGCACUGCUGGCGUUUCGGUCAUGCGUCGAAUGCCUGGACUCGAAGCGGCCAUCAGAUCAAAGUCCACUCAGGAAGAAGGCAUCAGCUUUGUCAACCAAGAUGGCAAGCCUUUUGGUGUCAUCAGACCUUCAGGGAACCCGGACCAGCAAUCCCUCGUCUCAGAGUACGAGGUAUUGCGCGGUGAUUUGUCAAAGAUUCUCUUUGAUGUCACCAACGAUAACAAAAACAUCGACUACAUCUUCAACGAACAGAUCGCAUCCAUCAGUCAAAGUGAGAAGACCGACGGUCCCGUUACUGUCACUUUUGCCAAUGGCACAGCACCCUCAAAAUAUGACUUGGUAGUUGCUGGCGAUGGGGCGACGUCUAGAACCCGGGUUUUAGGCUUUGGUGGUCAUGUUCGAGACCCAAUCGUUUCAACCAACUGCUGGGCAGCCUACUUCUCAACGUCGAAAGACCUUCUCAACGGUGGCAAAAUUGGAAAAGGAUACAGCGCUGUUGGAGGGCGAAACCUAAGUAUCGGUUCAGAUCCCGAAGGAUUUAGUCGAGUUUUACUCAUGUGCCUGAACCAAACCCCCGACGAGAUGAAAUCCUUUCGACAUGCGCUUGAACAAGGGGAGACUGCAACCAAAAAGUACAUAGCUCAGCACUACCAAGGUGUCGGAUGGAAGACAGACGAAGCCAUGCCAGAAAUGAUGGACUCGACAGAUUUCUACGCAAGCGAGACCGUUCAAGUCAAGACGCCUACUUUACACCGCGGUCGUUUCGUUCUUGUGGGCGACGCAGGCUACGCAUCUGGUCUCACAGGCUCUGGAACAAGUCUCGCUCUUGCAGGCGCUUACAUCCUAGCGGGCGAGCUGCGAAAACACGGCAAGGAUAUUGAAGCAGGUCUCCAAAGCUAUGAGCAGCAGAUGAGACCUCUAAUCAACAAAAUGCAGCCGAUCCCACCGCUGGUACCAACCAUCAUGGCGCCGCAGACGGCUUGGGGUAUUUGGCUACGGAACAACAUCUUUUGGCUUAUUGCGCAAUCAGGGCUUAUUGGAUUUGCCCAACGAUUCAUUGCAGCUGGGUUUGGGGAUGCAAAGGAGUUUCCAGUUCCAGAGUAUGAGUGGGAGAAUUAA